AUGGAUAUCAAGAGCCAUAUUGAGAAGAGGAUUUCAAAGUGCCCAUUGGAGGACCUUGCAUUGCUCAAGGAAGACUUGGCGAAGCUUAUUUCUGCGAUUAACAACAUUAUCAUUGAUUCCUCACUCUUGAGAGCCAAGAUUGCCGAGCUUAUGGCUACCUCAACUAAGUAUUCUUCUUUGCAUGAUGUUUCCUCGAACAAGUUUAAAUCUAAAGUCUCAACUCUUGUAGAGCCUAACACCUUUCAAGAAGCCAAUCUCAUCCCUCACUGGAGGAAAGCCAUGUCUGAAGAACUUCAAGCCUUGGAGGAGAAUUGUGACAGUGCCUUUGAGAUUGAAGCCCUAAAAGCCUCCUUACAUCAAACCUUUGCCAUCAAGGAUCUUGGGAAGUUGAAGUAUUUUCUUGGCAUUGAGAUGGCAACCUCACGACGAGUUGAACAUCUCAAUAUUGUUAAAAGGAUCAUUUGCUAUCUCAAUGGAUCCAUCGAUAGGGGUAUUCUUAUGCGUAACAAUCAUUCCACUGAGAUUCAUGCAUACACUAAUGUUGAUUGGGUAGGCAAUGCAAUUGACAGAAAAUCCACCACUGGUUAUUGCACAUUUUUUGGAGGCAACAUUGUUACUUGGAAGAGUAAAAAACAACAAGUCAUUGCUCGCUCUAGUGCUGAAGUUGAGUAUCGAGCCAUGGCUGCUACUGCAUGUGAAUUGAUUUGGCUUAAAGGUCUCUUGCUUGAUCGAGGGCUCUCGAGUACAACUCCUAUGUCUCUCAUGUGUGAUAAUCAGGCAGACAUGCACAUUGAUGCAAACCCAGUUUUUCAUGAAAGGACCAAGCAUAUUGAAGUUGGUUGUCACUUCAUCAGGGCUUAA